AAACCGGUAGUACGUCGCUGUAGUUUCAGAAUUGUUUCAGGAGCUUGGGCUCCUCUGGCUGUCAGUUAAAGUAUCUGUUGGAACUCUGAGUGGAAGCUGACUUUACUUUGUGCACCAAACUCCAUACACGCUAGUGUGUUUACAGCAGGAUCCGGAAGUCGAGGAACUUGUUCUGCGUGUCGAGUUAUCGAUGCUAACUAGAACGCUAGCUGCCGUCUGGAAGACGAACAAUGGCUAUCAUCGCCAAAAGUAUGAGGACUGAAGCGGGUUGUUUCUGGACACGAACACUCUGAAGCAGUGACGUAAAUGUUCGUAUGCAACCGUCGUUAAGCUGGAGACUCGGUCAGUUCAACCGACCAGACCUGCUUAGUGAGCAUAUCCGUAAUGUUGAGGUAUGAAACAAAUGUUGCCAAGUGAAACCAAAUACAUGUGGACAAGUCAAUUGAUCUACAGACCCUGUAAGGGCAACUAGGCCAUUGUAAGGAAUGUCGUCUGUCCGUUGAACUGGCCUCAAACACCCUCAGGUGUGUCCCUGGUCUGAGGACGUAAUUUUCCCUGGCCGAAACCUUGUGAACAAGUAGAACAACUUCUUAGCUGCAUUGGCAGUGCAUCCAUACUUUUUCCAUGUGCUCACAGAACCGUGCAGUCCCCUGACACAAGAAGAGCAUAGAACUGAGCAGCUGCAGGCUUUUCUACAACUCCAACAAGCGCACUGAGAAAGGAUGACAGCUGUGGUAGGUAGAGCACUGGGCUGGGUGUGCUCAUGGGGCAGAAGUGUCGCAUCAGACAAUACCUCAGCGGUAGUAGCCAAGGGCCCGGAGCAUGCCUGGGGCAGCCAGAGCCACAGGGGGUGGACCUCUUGGCUCUGGGAUGGGUGGAGACGUCAAAGUGACCAAAGUUCUCCAGUCGAGGAGUACUGGGAGGCCCAGGAGAGGGUUCCGACCUUGGAAAUGGAAGCUCUCUAUGCGGGGAAGCAGAAGACUGUGGUAGAUGCAGGACAAGUUUCAAGAUGGUGGAAUAAAUAUCUCCCAACUUACAUUUUGUGGCCAAGAAAAUCAGAGCCAAGCGCACUAAGCCAAAGGAAACAUGAUGGUCUGAGUCGAGGUGCAUGGGAUCAUGAUGUUGAUGGGGACUUUUCCGACUACAUAACGCCACCUCCGUCUCCUACGCCUCCUUCCUCUCGGCUGACAUCACCUUUUCGACUCUUUGCGGACAGCUGGAAGGUGGAAAUCCUUCCGGAGCACUACGAGAUCAGUUUCAACUUCCUCCGCCACUUGUUUGACCUCUUAGUCGUUGGCUUCCUGUGGACUGUGUCUCCUCCCACAAAGCUGAUCCUCGAGGUGUUGGGAGUCCAGGGAGCACUGCGGCUGUGGUUUCAUGGUAUGGCCAUGUUUUUUGUCUCCACAGUUGGAAUGGCAGGAUUACUCUGGUUGAUCCAGGAGUAUCUCUAUCAGUUUGCUUUGAUCUAUGGCAUCAUACAGGCAGUGGUGAUCUCUGUCAGUGUUCGACAGAGUGUGAUAACCGGCGUGGACGGAGAAGAAGAAGAUGAAAAGGAGGAGGAGGGAAAGGAGACUAACGAAAUGACAGAUUGUAAGAAGCAUACAGAAAAACUUGUGUCCAUUGAGGACAAGGUGAAGACGAGUUAAACUCAUGAAACUGAAGUGUCUGUCUAUUCAGCUGUAAUGAACCUGGUCCGGGUGUCUGACAUCACAGCAGUUGGACUACACACGGACUGAUUCACUUCACUACUGGGUUCUGCAGUGUCUUGCUAACUGUAUUGCACAUUCAUUGCAAAGUCUUAUGUCACUUUAUGUUCAAAGAUAUUGGUCUGAAUUUUAUACAUGUCUGUCCUCAUGUGAUAACAUUGUAAUCCCAGAAUGUUGACAUUGAAAGCCAUAGAAAGGUCUUAUUUCUCUUUAAGUAUUUAAAUACUAUAAUGAAAUUUAGAAAUAAGUGGGUCCACUAAUGUUCAAGAAAUACUUGCUAAAAGAAAGAUUUCCUGUAUACAGGAAUACUGCAGUUUACGCUGUGUACUACCAUAUACAUAUAGAUACAAUAUAAGACAAUUACCUGAUUUAGGACCUUUGAUGCAUUUUGGGCGAGAGAAGAUGAACCAGACACCACCAAAUUCACAACAACAAGAAAAUGUGGGUUCUCGCAAUAUAGUAAAAAGGUUGUUGGGGACAGAGAAGUCUUUAUGCUUGUUAGGAUUCAGCCGAAAGACAGAGGUUCAAACAGCUCUUACUACAACCUGAAUAUCAAAGUCACUCUGAAAGUCAGGUCACAAGCCUUUGAAUGUUCCCUGAGUGAACAGAAUUGUAACAAUCACCACAGCAAACAAGGGAACUGUUCCCACACAGACUCUUGUGCUCACUUUGUGUUGUUAAAUGUAGAUCCAUUCUUAAGUCAACAGUGAGUGAAUUUGGAAUCACCAGGUUCUAUUCAAUACGAGUUUCAUUUUAGCAACAGACUAGUAUCCACUGGUUCAGAAGCUUGAAGUGAAGCUUUUGUCAUUUAAGGUACAGUCACAUUACAUUACAUGUCAUUUAGCUGACGCUUUUAUCCAAAGCGACUUACAUUUUUAGAACACUCAUCAUUUUAUGAGGGGCCAUCUAGGGGUUCAGUAUCUUGCCAAGGACACUUAGGCAUGCAGAUGGGAUAGAGUGGGAUUUGAACUGGCGACCUUCUUGUUGCAGAGCACCCGCUCUAUCCCCUAGGCCACGCUCUCCCCGCAAAUAUUCAACCCCACUUUCAUUUCCGUCAAACUAAAGCUUGUAUAACACAUUUAAAAAUGCACAUGUUGACUUGAUUGUGUGUCGUUUGCUCAUCCUUGAUCUGUGAAUUCAUACAGUGUUCUGCUAGAAACUGACUCCCUUUUUUUGAGAAGGAGAAUUAGUUAUUCCAAUACUACAUCAUCACAUUGUUCCGAUGAUUCACAAUUUAGACUGCAAACUAGAAUAUCCCUCUUACACAGUUUACAUUCUGUUUUCAGUCUGCUUAUUAUUGAUUAACCUCAUCAGACCUGUGAGAGCACAUUCCUUUUCAGGGUUGUUAUGUCGAACAUGGGCAGAUGUAAAUGUACCAGGAGAAUGGAUGAACAAGUCACAACCACCACUACUGACCUGCAUGUUCAGACAUGUCAGUCAAGCACACACCACACAAGGUGAUACUUAAUUAAAGCCAUAAGAUCUCUUUCGGUCAGCAUUGACCUCAAAUUUGGUCUUUAAAACUAAAUGAAUGAGUAUCUUAAGACGGACACAUUGGAUGAAAUUCAUUGUUUUUUAUAACAGCCAUGGAGGAAUUUGCUCCAGUGCUCAGCUUUGACAGUUGCUGUUUGUUCAUUUCCACUGGUGAAACUGUUUUGUACUAUAUAUAUUUUGACACAUUAAAUUUAAGAAGAUUAUGACAGCCCUGUAUGACCUGUGGAAAAACAUAACCACAUGUGAGAAUAUAUUUAUAUAAUUCUUCUCAAAGAACAUAACACUAUUAAUGUUGUUUGAUGUAGGAGAGACACUAUCUGCAUAGUGUUUUUAAGAAUGGACAUACAAUACCAGCAGCACAUACCCAUGUGUUAUCUGGAUACACUUGUAAUUGCCUUAUGACAUUUUUUGUGCAGUGAUAUUGUUUGUGUGUAACACUGAGAAUGUAAUGCUAUACGUUUUUUCUUGUCAUGCUUUCAAUUCAAAGGCAUAACAAUGUAGAGCCCAGCAGUUUAAUAUGUUCUAACUGCACAGAAACAUGUUUUGCACACAACGCUCCUGUUGUAUGCAACUUCAUUUGACCGUCAUCAGAUAUUCUUUCUACAGCAUGCACAGUUAUUGGUUACCAUUAUAACAGCCUGUGGUUGACGGUAUUGAAAUGAACAUUUCAUGUGAUUGAAAGGUGAUUGUUAAUUUGUGUGCAAAGUGCAUGGAAAUAUAGUAAAUUAAAAUUCAUAACUAUAGGUAAAAUUAAAA